AUGGCAAUUGCCAUAGUUUAUAUGGCUAAGGAAUUCAAAUGGAAUCAUACUACACAGGGUUUAGUAUCGUCAUCAUUUUACUUUGGAUAUAUUACGACGCAAAUUUUAGGAGGUGUGCUUACUGAUAAAUUCGGUGGUAGAGGAGUAUUAAGCAUAGGCGAUGAUCCUAGGGAUUAUUUAGGAAUCAGUAAAGAAGAAUUAAAUUGGAUUUUGAAAAGCAAAUCAAGUGCUUAUUUAGAUGAUAAUUUGGAUCAUUAUCAAUCAGGAUCCAGGGAUAUUACGAUUACUGACGAUGUUCGUGGCAUUCUUCAAAGUGAAAACGAUGUGUUAUUACCAAAAGAUCAAACUUUAUCAAGGCCAAAUAAUAUACAGAAAAUUCCUUGGAAAUUAAUAUUUUCUCGUCGUGAAGUAUGGGCAAUUAUUCUUGGUCAAUUUUGUAAUUCUUGGGGCUUUUUUAUUCUGCUUAAUUGGUUACCAAUAUAUUAUUAUGAACAUUUCAUGUAA